AUGGAUGAUGGAGGGUCUACAACAAAUCUAUUAAGUCCAAACAAAGGACUGGGGGUUGAAACAGUUGUUGGGAUUGAUAAUCCGUCAUCACAAUCAGUACAUGGUAUGGAUCACACAACCACUCCAAAUGAAGAUACAACAAGUCAAAUUCCUAAUGAAAAUGAAAGUGUGAGAGAAAAAAAUAACAAAACCAAUGAAGAUGAAGUACAAUUAAUGAGAAACAUAGAAAAAACAUCAAAAGUAUGGGACGACUUUGUUGUAGUUACACUCCGGGAUGGUACGAAAAAAGCUGAAUGCAAACAUUGUAAGUCAAGGUUGGCUAUUACUGGUUCAGGUCCUACAUCAUCAUAUAAAAGACACCUAAACAGUUGCAUCCCCCAUAAACAAUCGCUAAAAAACCAACAAAUACUAAAUUUUCAGCCUAGUGGGUGUGAUGUGGAUUCUGUACCACCAUUGAUCGGACCAGAUACAAAAUAUGAUGAAAACAAGAUGAGGGAGGCCAUAGCUAAUUGGAUACUAAGUACUGAGCAACCGUUUGCUACUGUGGAAGAUGUCAUGUUUUUGAAAAUGAUGAAGACAGCUACUCCAUUGUUUGAGAAAGUAAGUAGAGUUACAAUUACAUCAGACUGUUUUAAGGUAUACGAACAUGAGAAGAAAAGGUUGAAAGCCCUUACAAAAGCUGCCUCUAAAAUCAGUUUAACAACUAAUUGUUGGAAGUCCUCGCAUCAGAAAAUUGAGUAUAUGGUUAUUGCUGCACACUUUGUAGAUCAUAAUUGGAGAUUACAGAAACGUGUAUUAAGUUUUGUACAUGUUCCUCCUCCUCGUACUGCGGUUGAUAUUGCUGAUGGUAUUUACAAGUGUUUGCAAGAGUGGGAAAUUAAAGAUAAGAUUUUCACCAUCUCAGUUGACAAUGCAGCUUAUAAUGACAAAGCUUUAAGAAGAUUGAAAGAAACUUUUUCGCGUGUACGAAAACUUUCAUGUGGUGUGAAAGAUGGUCUUGCAAUAAUUGAUCAUAUCAUCGGUGAUGUUCGUGAGGGUAUAAAUUAUAUUAACAAUUCGGAGGGUAGACGUCUAAAUUUUUCAAAGGCUGCACAUCAAAUGCAAAUACGUGAUCGGAAGUAUGCAGAGUAUGAACCACAUUUUUAUCACUUGCCAACUGAUGAAGAUUGGGAAAAUGUUCAAAGCGUGUGCACGAAUAUCAUCUCGGAUAGUGAUUAUCCUACUGCUAAUUUAUAUCUAAUUGAAGUGUUUAGAGUGAAGCAAUCUCUUGAUAAAGGUUCAUUAUCUACAAACGAUUUUAUUCGUGAUAUGGUGAAGAAAAUGAAGGAAAAGUUUGACAAGUAUUGGGGUGAGUGCCACCUUGUAAUGGCAAUAGCUUCUGUGUUAGAUCCACGGUUCAAGAUGAAGUUGGUUGAAUUUUGCUUUCCAACACUUUAUCAAAAUUCAGACGAGAACAUUAAAGAAGUGAAGAAUGCACUUUAUGAAAUGUAUUCAGAGUAUUUAGAGAUGCAUGAUACAUUAGUUAGGGAAUCUGCAGCACAUGGAAGCGAACAUGAAAGAAAUGCUUUAGGGUUGAAUAAAGGUACAUCACUUGGAUCCGGAUGGGAGGCAUUUGGAGAGUUCAUAAAGACUGCAGAUUUGGAGAGACCAGAAAAGUCAGAGCUUGAUAUGUAUUUAGAAGAAGGUGUUUAUAGGGAGAAAGGACAAACAGGAAUGGAAUCCUUUAAUGCUUUAGAGUGGUGGAAUGUGCACAAGUUAAAGUACCGUGUUUUAUCAUUGAUGGCUAGAGAUGUACUUGCAAUCCCGAUUUCUACGGUUGCAUCUGAAGCAACUUUUAGUGCCGGCGGUAGAGUUAUUGAUCCAUAUCGAGCUUCAUUGGGGUCCGACACGAAGGAGGAGUUUCCUAUUGAGGUUUUACUGCCUGAGGUGAACACAAAGUUUUGUGUAUCUGGGGAGUGA